AUGGCAAAUGUGAGGAGCGAGAGCGGUGAGUUGACACAACUUGUUAUUCGUUCUAUUGUAAACAACCAAAUGGGGACGUUGCCCCGGUUGGAGAGCGUGUUUUUAAUCUUUUUUGCGCGCAGAACUCUCAGAAACAGACGUCGACGAGCUUACUGCUCUGGUCCCGCGCUCAGGCCGUUCAGUGGUAUGUUCAUGUUACACUAUCACCUGAGAUGUUUAGAAAAUGACGGGGAAUCGAGAGAAUAUUAUCUCCGAAAGCCAUGAAUCGGAAUCUCACGUGAUGGAUGAAGUCGCCCUUCUGGAGAAAUGCAGACUUAACUAUAGUCACAUCGGCGAGGAUUAUGUAAAUCUGGUAUUUACAGCCUUGAAAAAUAUUGAUUUGAAUCCGCCAACGCUGAUUAGCGGCGGAUCUUCUGGAUCUUAUUUUAUUCACGAUUCUGAAUCGGUAAGCAAUGACUCAUAACAAUUAAAGUUUUUCGGUUUUAGAAAAUAGUAGGUGUUUUCAAGCCACAAGACGAAGAGCCUUAUGGAAUUAACAACCCCAAAUGGGGCAAAUGGCUCCAGAAGGUGCUCCUUCCAUGUUCUUUCGGCCGCGGGUGUCUGGUUCCCAACCAGGGGUUCCUCUCUGAAGCAGCGGCAUUUCUAGUCGAUAAAUAUUUUGGUAUUGGAAUAGUCCCGGAGACGGCGGUGGUUGGAAUGGCGUCCAAGGUUUUCCAUUAUAACCGAUUCCAAAGAUACGAAGCCCGAGCGAGAAAGAGGGCCGCCCAGCAGUUUCCCAAUCUCGGGAAUCGCUUCAAUUGGUCUCAGGUUUACAAAACUAAGGCAUGGUUUGUUUUCCGAAUAUAAUGCUUACAAUUGAAAUUAAUUCUACGGUUAUUUUUUAGUACGGUAGUUUUCAACGAUUUGUAAAUGGCUAUAUGAGCAGUGAGGACUUCUUGCGGACCUUAAACGUAGAAAAAUUAUCGGAAGCGGAGAAGAAGGAUCUCACAAUUCAACUCCAAUUCUUAUUUGUCCUUGAUUACAUGACGCGAAACACAGGUAAUUUAGAAAGUUUCUUCAACUUUUGUUUUUAGACCGAAAGAAUGCCAACUUUCUGGUGAAAAUAGGCGAAGUCCCAAUCAGCUCAGAAGAAGCACCGUGCCCACCAAAGACUGAUGUUGAAGCUCCUGCAACCAUUAUCCAUAUUACCCAGGAUGAUGCGACAGUAAAAGAAACGGAACAUGACAUGGUACCCCCUGCCAGUAUAUCUGUGCCAAACAAUCCUCCAGAACCCUGUAAACGACGGACAUUCCACAUAGCAGCUAUUGAUAAUGGACUGGCAUUCCCUUUCAAACAUCCAGGAGAGAUACGAUCAUGUAUGUUUAAAUGACCAUGUUAAUUUAUUAUGCGUGGUUAAUGUAUUAAUUGAGAUUGUUUCAGAUCCUUUUUGUUGGUCCGUGUAUUUUAGACCUUUUGCGACACAACCUUUUGCUGAUGAGGUAAAGCAAAAGAUCUUGCCAUUAUUGGAAGAUGUUCAAAAGGUCAAAGAACUUUGUGACAUCCUCAGGGCAGAGUUUAUGGUAAGCGAUUAUGACAGAUAUUGAAGUUUUCUUCAGAAAGACAAGAGAUACCGGAAGAAGAAGACCAUUGAAGCACAGCUUUCUGUAUUCCGAGGACAAUUACUUAAUUUAUUCGAUGCUCUUAAGAAUAAUAAAACACCUGCCGAAUUGGAACUGGUAAGUUAAUUUUGUAUACAGAUCUAUUUGAACAGGUUUUCACAAAUAAUUAACCUAAAAAGAAUACUACUCAUAUUUUAUUUUUACAUGGUUUUAGUCGCGUCCGGUGUAUUUAAAAGAGAUUGGACGAAAAAAGCGACGUGUGACUGCUCAAACAUCUCGUUCAAGUGUAUCCAGUGUAGAGGAUACCUUUGUUAAUGUAGUGGUAGAAGGUCAGCGGGACAUAACGGAGCCCGUAGCCGAGUCGAGUAGUCGUCCUAGUCAUCCCUGGAAGGAUAUGUACGUCCUCAAAGUGCAUACUCAGAAUCCCUACUUCUCUUGUUGUUGA